AUGCCAGAUAAUAAUGAUAAAAACGCAUCCGGAAUAAACUCAAGUAAAAUAAUAUUGUCUAGCAACCACAGUUCGACUUUCUCAAAAUCUGCGGUCGAAAUUAAUAGGAAUCCAAUUGAAUUAUUCGAUGAUAAUAAUAAUAAUAAAUCUCAAGUAAUAAAUCCAGUAAAAGAAGUCGAAUCGCAAUUGACUGAUUAUGAUUUUGAAAACUAUAACAAACGUCCGUCGUCAAACGAUUUUGAAAAUGAUGAACUUAUGGAAUCAGUGGAUGGCAUCAGUUUGGCAGAAGCCAUGAAAAGAAAAGAAAUGGAUCGAAAAUAUUUGUUUUUAAAUGCCAGAGUAAUAGGAGGUUCGACAAAUAUUGGACUACCGUCUGCUCCUGAAGUUUCAAAAUUACCGGAAAAUGCUUACGAAACAUUAAAAACCGGACAGCAGCUGUCAUUUACUCCAAGCGGAGCCUCUCAAUUAGUUUUCCCUUAUCAAAUAUGUUUAUUUGCUUCCCCCCCUCAUUUUUCGUUAAAACCAUCCAUUCGUAGCAUUGAGGGUAGAACUUUACCUUUAAGCGCAUUUUCUUUGCAAUCACCUUUCCUUGAUAAAUCUCAAUAUUCAAAACCCUUCGACUCAUCAUCAUCAUCAUCCGGACAUAAUAAUUUUUUAAGUUUUAACAUAAAUAACUAUGCUAAUUCUCCUCCUCCUCCUCCUCAGAGUCAAUUUCCUUUUGUAAAUUUUCCAUUUCACGUUCCCUCACAACAAACGACGUCGUCGACUGGCUAUUCUUCCAUUCCCAACACUCCGCCAAUUUUUUGCACAAACUUUCAACCGCCCUUGUUUCAAUUCCCGACAGUCCCGGGAACGGCUGAUUUCGGUCAAGCCAAAUGCUUCGGUUGCGAUGAUAAAAAACCAGAUGAUAAUUUAUCUAAACAAAGUUCACUUACGUCAGGAUUGAUCUCUCAAUGUUCCGACGGUGAAGUUCCUUGCAGGGACGGAUCAAGUUGUAUUCCUGCAUCAUUUUGGUGCGAUAACAAAGUUCACUGUAACGAUAUAAGUGACGAAGCUUUUUGCUCGUGUCGAGAAAGAAUAGCAGAAGGAAGGUUAUGCGAUGGGUAUUUCGAUUGUCCCAACGGAGAAGAUGAAAUCGGAUGUUUAGAUUGUCCGAAAACGGCUUUUAGUUGCAACGAUAUUGUAAGCCCCGAUUCAUGCAUUUCUUUAAGUCAAAGAUGCGACGGUGUUAGAGAUUGUGCCACCGGAAGCGACGAAACCGAUUGUUCGGCUCUUUUUUAUAAAAUGCACGAUAAUAAUUAUUUUCACGUAUCUUAUUUAAAAGGAUAUUUACAUCGUAAUUGGAAAGGCAUAUGGUAUCCUGUAUGUGUGGAUGUUCAAAGCGACGACGAAUGGGCAAAAGAAGCGUGUUCCUCGGAUCUGGGAUACAGACCAUCUUCAGUCAAAGUGAAUUUCAUGUCCGUUCCCGAAUAUUAUAAAGGGCCUUUUAUUGUUCGCCUGGAAGAUGGAACGCAUUUGUUGCAGGAUCAUUGCAAGGGACAUUUAUCGACUUACGUUCAAUGUCCCAAAAUAAAAUGUGGAACGAGAGCGGAAUUUUACAGUUUGCAAGAAAUCGAAAAUCGUUUCAAACGAUUCGAUGAAAAAACUUUUUUUAUUAAAACUGGAAGGGUAGUGGGGGGUAGAGAAAGUGAACCACGUGCUUGGCCGUGGACCGUUGCAAUUCAUAAAAAUGGCGGAUUUUUAUGCGGAGGAGUAAUUUUAGACGAAAUUUGGAUUUUAACGGCUGCUCAUUGCAUGGAACAGUAUUGGAAAAACUAUUACGAAGUCAGAGGAGGAAUGCUUAGAAGGUUUUCCUUUUCAUCAAUGGAACAAGUUCGGAGUGUUCGCGAUGUUAUUUUACAUGAAAAUUACAAUCCAACGAUCAUGAGCAACGAUCUCGCUUUGUUACGAUUGCAAAAACCUUUUUAUUUCAAUAGAUGGGUGAGACCUGCUUGCCUUCCUGGUUUUCGCGGAAACCAAGGAUUUUUUUUUCCUGUUCCUGGCACUCGAUGCACUGCUGUUGGAUGGGGAGCAUUAAAAGAACACGGGAUCGAUGCUGAUCAACUUAGAGAAGUUGAAGUUCCUAUACUGAAAAGUUGCAAACACAAAGAAGAUUUGGCCGGAGCAGAAAUUUGUGCUGGUAAAGCCGAGGGAGGAAAAGACACCUGUCAAGGAGAUAGUGGAGGUCCACUACUGUGCAGAACUUCGAAAACGUCAUUUUCUUGGUACGUGGCAGGGAUCGUAAGUCACGGCGAGGGAUGUGCCAGACCGGGAGAACCGGGAGCUUAUACUAGAAUAGGUUUAUUUCUGGAUUGGAUAACAGCAAACGCUCGUGAUUAUAAAGUACCUGCCAUUAAACCCAUACGAGAUUGUCCGAGCUUUCGUUGCAACUCUGGUUCGCAUCUAUGCAUUCCGUAUAAGUGGAUAUGUAACGGAUACACGGACUGUUUAGAAGCCGAAGAUGAAAAAAAUUGUACGACUGAUAUUUAUUAUGAUCAGUAUUUAUCGCAAUUAAAUUUAAUUAAAAAAAAAAAUGCGGAAAAUUCGGAAAGCAUCAACGAGGAACGAGAAAUCAUAGAAAACGGAAAUCCAAUUAAAAAAAACGAUAAAUUUGACGUCGAUGAUGCCGCAUUAAAAGUUACCGAAAAUUUGUAUUCAUCGCAAGACGUGAAAAAUUUUAAAUCCAAAAGAAUUAGGCCCGUGGAAAUAAACGGAAAUCAAUUUUCGGAAAAUAUUCGCGGUGAAGAAAAUUAUUAUUUUUAUUGUAAAAAAAUAUCACAAUCGAUAUUAAAAAAGCAUAUUUGCGACGGUGUAAAAGAUUGUCAAGACGGUUCGGACGAAUUGGAUUGCCCUUGUUUGACGAAUAUAGAAAAUUACAAAAUUACAUCCCAUCAGCCGAAGGAAAAACAAACGGAAGAUGAUAGUUUUCUUAUUAAAAAUCACUCGAAAAACUGUUUGGACAAAGAAUACGAAUGCGAAUUAAGCGGAGAACGUUUGCCUCUAUGGGAAAAAUGUAACGGAAUAAAAAAGUGUCGCUUUGGAGAAGAUGAAAAAAAUUGUUAUUAUCUUUUAGAAAAAAAAAAUUUUUUUUCUAAAAAUUAUCAACGAGAUUCGAUAAAUAAAAAAGGAUUUGUCGUGAUAAACAAAAAUGGAGUGAAAAAAUUUUUAUGUAAAGAAGAAAUAAUUAAUUUUGAUCAAGAAGACGGAAAUAAAAUUUGUUUGGAUUUAGGAUGGAUCGGAUGUAAAAAAUUCAGAAAUUUUACAAUAUCUACCAAUUGUACGGCAUUUUAUUUAUCAUGUAUAAACAGACCAGAAACAUCUUUGGAAUCUUAUCGUCGUCCUCAAGGACAAUAUUAUUUUCCAUGGAAAGCAUUCAUUUAUUCGGAUGGUGUCCUCAUUUGCACUGGAGUUUUAAUUGAUUCCAAAUGGGUUUUAACGUCUUCUGCCUGUUUGAAAAAUAUAGAAUUAUCAAAAAAUUACGUGUCCGCAGCAUUUGGCAUAGAAAAAACGAUAAAUGAUGGAAAUAAUGUUCAAAUAAUUAGAAUAAACGGUUUUAAAAUUUUAAUACAAGAAAAUGUUGGACUUUUACAUUUGGCAGAAAAGACAAUAACGACCAAAUUUGUUCGUCCUGUUGGAUUAAUUAAAAUUACUGAGUCCGAUACAGAUUCCGAUCGUGAUAUUUGCGUGAGUUUAACUCAUGAAAAUUCCCUUUUGGCAACUAUUAAAAAUUGUCCUAAAUCAUUUACUUGUUAUAAACGUUUGACGUUGAAAAAUUUCACGUGCAAAUCUCGAAUCGGUGUCAUAGUUUGUCAAUCUCGCGUCGGAUGGUACCUAUCAUCGGUAUUUGAAUUAGAAAAAGAAAAUUGUGAUUUUGAAAAUUUUAAAUUUAAAAGUUUACAAUAUCACUUCGAUGCCAUUUCUGAUGUUUUGGAUGAGAAAAUGGAAACAAUUGUAGAGCCCAGUUGCGACGGUUUUCGAUGUCCGAUCGGUUUAUGCAUCGGAUUAUCAAAUUUAUGCGAUGGAUUAUUAAAUUGUCCAACUGGAAAAGAUGAAUCAAUUGAAAAGUGUAAACCUCGAACGAAAAUCAAUGAGUGCGACGCAUCGGAGCUUAAAUGUCAAAACGGUUUGUGUAUAUCGAAAAAAUAUUAUGCCGACGGAAAAGACGAUUGUGGUGAUAACAGUGACGAACCAAUUAAUGGUACUUGUCUGGAAUAUCUACGAUUAACAGCUCCAAAUAAAAUAUGUAACGGAAUAAGAAAUUGCCUGGAUAAAACGGAUGAAAAUUUAAUUUUUUGUAAUUGUCAUAAUAAUAACCAUAAAUGUCGAGGGACGAAUAAUUGCGUACCUUUAGAUUAUGUAUGCGAUGGUGAAAAAGAUUGUCCUCAAGGAGACGACGAAGAAGGUUGUUUGAGUGGAAAAAUAUUAAAAAGCGGUAUCACGAACGAAUAUGAAAUUCUUCGUAAUUCUUACGGUAAAUGGCAUAACGUGUGCCUACGGUCGGAAUCCGCGGAAAAUUUAAAACUUUUAUGUCAGGAUUUGGGUUAUAAAAAUUUUAAACUUGUUCGCGAAAUAAAUCGAACAGUUUUAGAACCUCAAAUCGAUCCAUUUACUUGGGUUAAUCUUAACGAACGUACGAGUAUCGCCCUUAGGGGGGAUAGACCCCUCGUACAAAUCCUUGAAAAAAAUCAAUUUUGUAACGUAGUUCAGUAUGAAGAGUUAAGUAGACGAAAAACUGGAAUAGACUCGAGGAUUCAUCCAACCGUUACUUUAAUACUAUAG